UCAGCUUCUUCUUUUAAAGAGGUUUGUGUUUUAUUAAUUCAAGAUGCUUGCACUAAAAUAUCUGGAACAACAGCAACACCAGACCACAUUCUACUGAAUUAAUGUGACAAAACACAUGAGGCCGCAGUGUGAGUAACACUUGUGGUAUCACAGUGAAUGUUGUGCGAGGUCACAGGUUAUGGACGGGUGGGUAGGCGGUGUUAAAAAUGUGUGUAUCUGCCGCUGAAGUGUUUAAGAAUUGAGAGGGACGCAUUGCUGCUGUAUUUCUGCUCUGUGAUUCAGUUGAGAGUGAAGAUGAUGUUUGUCUUUAGAUCCGCUGUGUUGUUCAUUCUGGUAUUUCCAGCCAUCGACUCUGAACUUGUAGACUUCAGUAAGUGUAGAGAGUUUUUCUUUGAAGGACUGUCUCCAGUGAUUCCUGGCAUUCUGGAGAAUUCAACCCCCCAGAUUGGUCGAUACAAAACGAUCUGUCAAAAACAGGAGAACAGCUAUAGAUUUGCGACAUUCUAUGACACAAGAAACAGGAUUCCAGUUUUCUCAGCUUACAAAUUCACUGCGGCUGCAAAUAUCUCAAGAAUACGAGACGGAUGGAUGAUUGAGCCCCAGCUGGAACUCCUCAAGGAUGAGAUGGGCAUGUCAUAUGAAAAUCAAGCCAUGGAUGAAGACUACUACAAUAAUACAUGUAAUGUGGAUCGCGGUCAUUUGUUUCCCAGCUGUCAUUCACCUGAUCAGGUCUUCUCUCGAUCUACAUUCACGUUGACCAACACUGUGCCACAAAAGCAAAGCUUCAAUGAAGGCAGCUGGAAUCGCAUGGAAAUAAAGACUAAAGAUAUGAUGGGUAACUACUGCCGUGAUGAAAUGGAUCAAAAUAAUGUUUUGGCUCAUGUGUUGACAGGAGCUGUACCUGGCAACAGUAAACUAAAGGAGCGAGUGAAUAUUCCAUCAUUCAUGUGGAUGACAUUCUGCUGCUAUAACAUCUCCAGUGAGUCGUGGAUCUCUCAAGCUUACUGGGCUCCAAAUGAAGAUGAAAACAAAGCCGACAACAUCAAGAUUGCUGAAAUAAACCUGCAAGAAUUACAAAACAGUCUGAGUACAAAAUGGGUGAAAAUCACACAGCUAUUUAAUAACAACUGCAAAAAAUGAAGAAGCACUCAGAAUACUUGAAAUGACCGUUCGUUGUCGGUCAAAGCAUUUUAUUUUGCUCUAUAGCUAUUUUGGCAAAGUUUGCAUAUGUACUGUAUAAACUAGUGUCCAUAUAUAAUAAUAAUAUGCUGUAAAAGUAUAAAAAUAAUGGAAAGCAAGUAAUGAAUGGAACUGUGUGUAAACUGCCUUUUCUGCAAUAAAGUUUGUGCAAGUAUUGGUGUGUCAGACUGAUCUCAUUCAUUGGUAUAAAAGUGUGACAUAAUUAUAUUAAUAUAGUGUUUAUAUGAUGCUAUAUAUAAAAGACCGUUGAUAACACCACAGGCCAAACAUCAAUGAUAUUUGUAAGUGAAUAAUUUUCAAACAAACCAGUCAAAUAACAUGAACUCAUUACCUUGACUUAUCCUAAAACUCUUGACAAAAUGGCCAACUCCAUGCAAAUGUGAACCAUAAACUUUUUGCCAGAAGGUUUUUGCCAUACUUUUCAAAUAGUGUUUAAAAAGCAUGAUUUUCCAUAGUCAGUUAUCUGCUGCUUUUAUAAUUCACAUCCACAAACAUAAUAAAUAUACAA